AUCAAUGUGUCACUCUGUUUUGCAAUAGGGAAUCUCUCAUAUAGUACCUAUAACGAUGAGAUAUUUACUCGGACUUGGGUCCUCGUGGGCCCGGUUGGGUGUGCGUUACUGUCAUCAGAGUGUUUGGAGCAGCCAUCGAACAGUAAGAAAAGUUGGAGUGGAUUUAGGAGAAAAAAAACUAGAGAUAUCUACAGGAAAGCUUGCCAAGUUUGCUGAUGGAUGUGCUGUUGUGCAGCUUGGGGAGACGUCGGUGAUGGUAACGGCCGUCAGUAAAACGAAACCGUCUCCCUCUCAGUUCCUGCCACUUGUCGUUGACUACAGACAGAAAGCAGCUGCAGCAGGAAGAAUUCCAACCAAUUACCUUCGCAGAGAGAUAGGUGUAACUGACUCUGAGAUUCUGACAAGCAGGCUUAUAGAUCGGUCUAUUAGACCUCUUUUUCCAGCUGGUUAUUUCUAUGAUACACAGGUGCUCUGUAACAUAUUAGCUGUUGAUGGUGUCAAUGCUCCUGAUGUGCUUGCCAUCAAUGGAGCCUCUGCUGCUCUGGCCCUCUCUGAUAUCCCCUGGAAUGGGCCCAUCGGUGCAGUACGAAUUGGUCUUGUAGAUGGAGAGUUUCUUGUAAACCCCACUCGGAAACAGAUGGCUUCCAGCACCCUGAAUCUAGUGGUGGCAGGAGCAUCUCACAGCCAAGUGGUGAUGAUGGAGGCAGCCGCAGAGAACGUGCUUCAGCAGGACUUCUGUCAUGCAGUCAAAGUCGGGGUUAAACACACACAGCAGAUCAUCCUGGGCAUCCAGCAGCUGGCUCGAGAACAGAAAGUGGUGAAGCGUACCCCCCAAAAACUCUUCGCCGCCCCUGCUGAGAUGGUGGAAUUCGCACGGCAAUUGGCUGGUGACAAAAUCUAUGCUGUUUAUACAGAUUUCUCCCAUGACAAGAUCUCCAGAGAUGAAGCCAUAAAUAAAAUACGACUUGACACAGAAGAACAUAUUAAAGAAAAGUUCACUCAAGCAGAACCCCUUGAAGUAAUAGAGGCUUUCAAUGUAGUAUCCAAGGAGAUCUUUAGAAAUAUCAUCCUCAAUGACUAUAGAAGGUGUGAUGGUCGAGAUUUGACUUCUUUGAGGGAUAUCUCGUGUGAAGUGGACGUCUUUAAGCCUCUGCAUGGAUCAGCUCUUUUUCAGAGGGGGCAAACCCAGGUGCUGUGUACCGUUACAUUUGAUUCCGUAGAAUCUAGUGUCAAAACAGACCUCAUCACCACAGUACUAAGUGGGAUCAAAGACAAGAAUUUCAUGCUCCAUUAUGAAUUCCCUCCUUAUGCAACCAAUGAGACAGGAAAGAUGGGAGGAAUGAACAGAAGAGAGCUUGGCCAUGGAGCUUUGGCUGAGAAAGCUCUGAGACCUGUCGUCCCCAAAGACUUUCCCUUCACGAUCCGAGUCACCUCAGAGGUGCUGGAGUCCAACGGAUCAUCAUCCAUGGCCUCAGCGUGUGGAGGCAGUUUGGCAUUAAUGGAUGCAGGUGUGCCCAUAUCUUCACCUGUGGCUGGUGUGGCCAUUGGUCUCAUUUCCAAGUCGAACCCUGACAAACCAUCAGAAAUUCAGGACUACCGGUUAUUAACUGACAUUCUGGGAAUUGAAGAUUACAAUGGAGACAUGGACUUCAAAAUGGCAGGCACAAACAAGGGCAUCAAUGCUCUUCAGGCAGAUAUAAAAAUUCCUGGACUCCCUCUGAAAAUAGUUAUGGAGGCUAUUCAGCAAGCAACAGUGGCUAAAAGAGAAAUUUUAGGCAUCAUGAAUAAAACCAUUGCCAAGCCAAGACCAUCUAGAAAGGAGAAUGGCCCAGUUGUUGAGAAUGUUCGGGUACCCAUCUCUAGAAGAGCACGCUUUGUUGGUCCAGGGGGCUACAACCUCCGCAGGUUACAAGCUCAGACAGGUGUGACAAUAAGCCAAGUGGAUGAGGAGACCUUCUCUGUGUUCGCUCCUACACCCAGUGCAAUGAAUGAAGCCCAAGAGUUCAUCACAGAAAUUUGCAAAGAUGACCAAGAACUGCAGCUGGAGUUUGGUGCUGUGUACACUGCAACCAUCACAGAAAUAAGAGAUAUUGGUGUCAUGGUCAAACUCUAUCCUAACAUGACUGCAGUGCUUCUGCACAAUUCCCAAUUAGACCACAAACGGAUUAAACACCCCAGUGCACUUGGGCUGGAGGUUGGACAGCAAAUACAGGUGAAAUAUUUUGGACGGGACCCAACGGACGGCAGAAUGAGGCUUUCACGGAAAGUGCUCCAGUCUCCUGCCGCAAGUGUAGUGAAGACUCUGAAUGACAAGCAGAGCAUCACAAUAGGAACAGGAAAUGGUCAAAACUCCUCUAUGCUGUAACUGUCAUUGUCUGAAAUGUUGUGAGGAGCAUGUUAAGAAAUGGCUAUGGACAUCUUUUAAAUAUUUUGUAAAUAUACUAUUUUUUUACUCAGCUUUUCAGAUUCCCAUUCAUGUUCUCCACUCUCCAAACAUGUCAAUUUCAUCAUCCUCCCUCUUGUGACCUUUGUCUAUGUAAACUACACCAGGUUUCCCCACGCAGUGCUAUCAGGUUUAGUGUUUGCAGUCCCUGUCAUAAUAAACAGAACCUACAACGUGCUUCAGACUUGUUUUAGAUGCUCUGCAACAUGUAAAUCUACAGUCAUUUUUCUGGGAAAAAAAAAAUGUUUUUAUCUCUUUUGAUGGCGGCAUUGGCCAACUCAAAGCAAUUCACAAGAGA